CGCGGAGAGGGCGGUGUCUGGCGCGAGCCGGAGUCACUCCGUUCUCUCCCGCCCCUCCCCUUUUCUUCUCUCUCCCUGCCUCCCAUCUCGGGCGGAAGUGAGGUUAGGACGGUGUCCGGUUGCUGCGCAGAUUCGGGAGGGGAGCGAUUGAACGAGGGGGAGAGGCAGACGGACAGAGGGACAGCGGGAAGGAGGGAUAGCCGCAGCAGCCCGGGCAGCUCCACCAGCCUCCGGGAAGGCGCCGGCAGUGACGACGAACACCGGGAGUCCAGCAUCAGCACCUCGAGCCCGGAACCUCGGCGGCGGCGGCGGCGGCCGCAUCUCUCCUCCGGGGCCUCCCCGCCCCCAGCGUCCAGCCCCGUCCGAGAACCGAGGCCGAGCCCCCGUCGCCGCCGCCGUACGAACCCGCGCCCCAGCCUCCGAGGCUGCUGCUGGGGGACCAAAGCAGGGAGAGUCCCUGCAGCCGCCGCCCGAGCCAGCUAGCCCGCCCGCCCCCGUCGUCGCGGCUCGUUCUUGAAAUCAUGAAUCCUGUUUAUAGCCCUGGAUCUUCAGGGGUUCCCUAUGCAAAUGCCAAAGGAAUUGGUUAUCCAGCUGGCUUCCCAAUGGGCUAUGCAGCGGCUGCUCCUGCCUAUUCCCCUAAUAUGUACCCUGGAGCAAAUCCUACCUUCCAAACAGGUUAUACACCAGGUACACCAUAUAAAGUGUCCUGUUCACCCACCAGUGGGGCAGUGCCACCUUAUUCGUCAUCACCCAACCCAUAUCAGACUGCAGUGUACCCAGUUAGAAGUGCCUAUCCACAGCAGAAUCCAUAUGCACAGCAAGGCACUUACUAUACCCAGCCAUUGUAUGCAGCACCACCUCAUGUAAUUCAUCACACCACAGUUGUGCAACCAAAUGGCAUGCCAGCAACUAUGUACCCUGCUCCCAUCCCCCCUCCAAGAGGAAAUGGUGUGACUAUGGGAAUGGUUGCUGGGACCACUAUGGCAAUGUCAGCAGGUACUUUGUUGACUACUCAUUCCCCUACUCCAGUAGCCCCUCAUCCAGUUACUAUGCCUACAUAUCGGGCCCCAGGAACACCAACCUAUAGCUAUGUGCCCCCACAGUGGUGAUCAUCCUGGCAAAUGUUUGAAGAUGGGAGAUAUGCAAUCAAGUAAUUGAGGUUUAACAGUUGGUGCUGAAGCCCCUCAUGCCUCCAACCAGGACUUACUUUCUUCUGAAUGCUUUCAACACUUUGCUAAACACUACUAAAUUCAGAUCACUGAAGAUUUCCAGUGCUGCAUAUCUUACAUCUUGGAACUCCAGUAGUUAGUCUUAAAGCAAAUCCUGUUUUGUGGACUGUCUUGCAAUUUUUUAGCUAACUAUAAUGAUAAAAAGGGAGUAUAAAUUUAUUCUGAUCCAUAUCUAGUUGAAUGCAUGUUUAAAAACAAACACACACACACAGACACACACACACACACACACACACACACACACACACAUACACACACAGACACACAAGCUUGCUCAAUCUACCUGCAGUGACCGAUGCAAAACCAUCAUAUGCAAAAUCCAAAGGAACUGAAAAGUAUUUUACAACUUGUUAUCAAUGCACUGUUGUACGUAUGCAAAGUCUUAAAAAGGUAGAGUCGUAAAAGUGAAUUUCUUUAUAGAACAUCAUAAUAUCCAUUAGUACUUCAACUUCUUCCUCGAGGUUGAUGAAUUGACUGUUAAGGACAUGUUUGUUUGUUUUUUAAUUUUAGGCAAUUAUAUAUUUUUUUCCAAUUGAGUUCAGUUGAUAUGAGUAAACAUGACUGGAGGAAAGAUCUGACAGGUUCAAAAAUUCCUGCAGAAAAUCAGUUUUCCAAGCAUCCCCUUUCACUUGUAUUAUAUGGAGUCAGUGUUACAUAGACAUUCUUAAAAAUCCGAAUGAAAUACUAGAUUGUGUGGCCAGGAAGAGGAGGGGGUAACCUGUGAACAAAGCAGCUUUUUUGGCUGCCUAAAUUUUCUAUUACAAAUUCUGGAGAAGUAAUAUUUUCUACAUCUUAAUGAAAACUCAACUCUAGUACAUAAUCAUUUUUUUCAUGUGAUGGAGGAUAGGUUUAAAAAUGAGACAGCCACACUUUUGGGAGUUAUCAGAUUCUGCUUUUUUCCAAUUUAUUCCAUCGAUUUCCUAAAGAAUGUUCUAUUCAGCUGAAAAACAUGUACAGUUUGACCUAACUUUUAAAAAUCUAACAAAACAUGUAGGCUACUGCUAAGAUUUUUCACAAACAGGCAAGACUUCAGCUAUAUGUUAUGAUUACAGUUUGUGUUCUUAAGAAUUAAAGGGGAGCAAAACAGGUUUUUUUUUUUUUUAAUGUCCUUAAUCUCAUGUUUCUUGUAGUGGAUUAUGCAUACAUUUGUAGCAGGGCUGUCAGAAUGUAUGAACAUUCAAAAACUAGGGAGUUUUUCCUUUUCAAUUUGCCAAUUGAUUUCUGAACAUCAUAUGGACUGCCUUUGAGUCAUGGUAUCUUUUGAUGCAAACUUUUAAAUUUUAUUUUACCUCAGAUGUUAUUUGGGAAGCAUGGCCAUGAGUCCAGCUGCAGAUUAGUGUUUCCAUUGUCUUGAGUCUCUUCCACUGUCUUUUCCUUCUUUCUCAUAGCAGUUAUAAUUCAACUCAAAGUAAAUGCUGUUAUGGAUGAAGGACUAGCAUUAGAGUUAAUUUGCAUGCCAGAACUGUUGCUAAAAGGAAUUUAACUUAGAAAUAUGAAUAUCGUGCAAAAAAGAAAUCACAAGGGUUGGAUUUUUUUUUGUUUGUUUUUUGUUUUUACCCGAGCCUGAUUGACUUGCCCUGUGUAGAUUUGAUAAGUUUCAGUGCUUUUACUUUUUGACUGCAAUAAAUUAUGCAGUAAAUGGUUACAAAAUUUUGUUCCCUUUUAAGAGUUUACAGAGAGGUCUGUCAGGCUGUGUAGCAUUUGCAGUUUUGUUACAACUCACAAGUGAUUUUGAGUAGCUCCUGUUUUAUUUUUGGGGGUGGAAUCCUGCUCCUUUUGUGGAUUUGGCAGCUCCUUCAGGCUAGUACCUAUACCUCCACUAAAGCAUUCUUCUCUAAGGAGAGAGGGAUGUGUUCCUGAACAGCCAUUGAAAUAAGAGUCUUUAGUAAUUUUAUUUUUUACAGCACUCUUCAUUUUUUUUAACUUCCACAUUUUAUUUUAUAAAGUCUAGGAAUAUUUUUGCGUGGAUCACUGUAAACAGAAGACCCUUUAUUCCUUCCUAAUGCCUCUUGACAUAAUUAUAGUAUUUACUUAUAAAUACUUUAAAAUGUUUCAUGAGCACUUAAUGCAACUUAGGGACUACCAUAUGUUUUUAUGGAGCAGAAAUUGACCCCCAGAGAAAACAAUUUGAAUCCACAGUGCUUGUUUCAGUCUAUUUUUAAUAAUUCCAUUUGUAAAGUAAAUAAAUUUGCAGAUAGUGACUGGAAGGAUGUUCUGCUCCAAGAACUAAAGUGAAUGAACUGAUAGGAUGAUUUUUUUAGUUUAUCAAUAUUUCAUUUAGAAGAGAGUCACCAUCUUAAAGUAUGUUCUCAAUUAAAAAAAAAAUAGGUAUGAGGUGUGGAAUCAUUCAAAUGAAAGAAAUCAUACAGAAUGGCUCUAAAGCCUUGCUGUAUAAUUUCUUGUUAGACAGGAAUGAGCAUGAAGCAUUAGAACUGUAUGAGGGAGAACUUUCAUAAAUGCUAGCUAGCAUAGAUAGCAUUUUUGAGAGAGAGAGAGAUUCUCUGUACAUUACAUUUUUCAAGAAUGUCAGGUUCUUAAAUGUAAUUUUUUUCACCCAAUGAUAGUUUUUCUUCCAUACCUCCUCCUUAUCCUCUAAAAAUUUGAGUAGUCUUGUUCAUUGAAUUACUAAAUUGCAUUAUGGGAUUCAUCCACAAAGAGAAAUUUUCAUUUUUGCAGCUAUCAGGAUACCAUCUUUUAUAAAUGAUUCAGUAUAAUAAGAGAGAGAUCACUUCUGUUAACUAAGGACACGUGCUUGGUCAUGUGAAUAAUUAGAAUAGUAACAAAACAUGGUGGUAGGGGAUUAAAUAUAUCUUAAUGACAUUUUGUUAAAUUAAAAGAAAUAAAGAGAUAUAACUAGGGUCAAAAUUAUACACUAUAAUGUUGUAUUUUUAGGAGACAAAUUAUAGCAAUAAAAAACCUCCUGAAACCUUCUCUCCUUUUUAUAUUACAUUCCUGAUUCAGGACUCCUACAAACGCAAGCAUUUAGCUAUAUAUUGGGACUUCUUAGGAAAUGGAAGCAGGACAGCAGCAAUGGGGAAAUGUAUUGGUUCCUGUCAACAUUUGGCAGCUUUAUAGGAGUGAGAUUUCUUAUGACAUAACUUUAACCUAAGACCCAAGAGAUCUAGUGUAUCAGAUCUGUAGAUUCUACUGUUUUUAUUGCAAUAAAAAUCUUGUUUAGGAUCUGUGGUAGGUAUUCAAUUUAUCAAACCUAGCGACAUAUGCAGGCUAUUCUUUGGGAAACAAGGCGAAUUAUUGUUCUUAGAAAUUCAUCAGUCAUUGAUUGGCAUAGUUCAUUAUUAACCAAGCAGUUUAGAAAAUUUAAAAAUCAGUCUUUUUUAUAAACUUGAAAAAUGUUAGUAAAGUUAUUAGUUUUACAAAAUUGUUAUUCAUUGGAAUUUUUCCUUGUAUGCUAUGCAAAUGAAAUAUUGAUUCAGUGGUAAAGAAACCAGCGAUCCUUUGGGCUAUGCUAUUAGGAAAUUUCCUUUCUUACCUUACUUGUCAUAUUCACCUGGUGCCACCCUUCAAUCUUGUCAUGCCCAGGCUUUCUGGUAUCAUCUGGCCUAGAACUAAUGAUGUUUGAAUUGAUAUGCUAUUUAUCUGUUGAUACUUUAUCAGUAGUGAGAGGAAAUACAUUUUUGUCUAAAACUAGAAAUCAAUUUAAAUGAUUUUAUUUAGUAGCUUUGCUCCUGUGCAUAUCCAUUAUUUAUUUUAGCACAUCCAUGAGUGGGAAAAGGCAUGGCACAUAUCAAAAAUUUACAACGUGCAUGGAAAAUCAAAUCGAAAUGUGUCUGCCUGCCUUUUACAGAAAUUUGAGCAUUACAGAAAAUCUGUUCUGGAAAUUUGGUCUCAGUUUUCCUGCCCUUGGAUUUGUUAGUGUUCAGCACUGUUUUGACUGGAGAACAUAUCAUCAUCAUCUUGAAUUCUCCUCUUUGGCUUGACUGAAUAAAGAACAUUGGCCUGAGGCUUUUAGAGAAAUGCCCCCAAAACAUACUGUGCAUCAUUUAGCAGAGGAGCAGCAGUAAGGUCCUAGUUGAUUGUGAUUUAACAUGGCUAUAGUAAAUUAGAAGUCUGAUUGAGACAAAUAACUUGUUCUAAUUUUUCUCUUGCUUAAAGGAGACAGGGGUGGUUCUCCUCGCAGAGUGAAAUUUAGGGGAGGGGAGAUUAAAAGUUUUUGUCCAAGGCUUUCAUUUUACGAAGUUAUUUAGGCACCUCUCAGAAUUACUCUUAAGUGGCAUUUAUGCUUUAUUGGACCUACAAUUUCCAGAGUAAAGUAGUUGAUAUAUUAUAGAAAAUACACCAAAGUGGAAUAGGUGGUUAUUUAGAAAAUAGAUAGAAGAAAAAUAUUAAAUUGGCCUUGGGGUUUUUUUUUUAAUCCCCAAAGAAAGGGAAAACCCCAAAUGUCAUCUUGUGUCCAUUCAUGUAGUCCCAACUCGGUUCAGAGAUAUUUUCCAGAUUGAUUGGGACUUUUCUAUCAGGUGUAUGAACCAUCUUAAAAUGAGGCAAGGCAGGGGGACAGUACUGAUAAAGGAAACCAUUGCUUGGUGUACAUGGUAGAGAAAACUUGAUUAGCUUCAAGAGAAAAUUAUUGAACUGUCAAAUACAAGAUUUGUGAACACCGACCACUACCAGAAGCCUGUUGGUCAUAAUCCCAUGUGACCAACCUUUCCCAAUUUCCUGGAGCUGAAUUUAAGAGUAAUUCUGACUGCCAGGCUGGUAGGGUCUAGUCUGGGUCCCAGCAGUAUACUGUCUUGAAAGGUUUAUUUUAGCUGGUUCCUGUACAGACUUGUUUUUAAAUAGAAUGGGUUUGUUAGUGUUCUUUUUUAUUGUAGUACUCUUACUGGCUGCCCUGUGUCCAAAACAAGUGAUUGCAUGCAACAAAAGUACAAACGAAAAGGACCCAAUAAUAGUUCUCCAUAUUUUGUUAUUGAAUAGACACAGGUUUCUUUUUUUUUUUAAUGAUUUUUUAAAAAAAAAUACUGUUUUUCAGACAGUUAUGUUGGUACUUUUUUUUUAAAGUUAGGUCAGUGUUGUCUUCCAAAAUGUUAAAAAGCAUCACUCACUUCUGCAUUGAACUUAUGGUGUCAACACAAAGGUGUGGAAAAAUCCAUCCUGAGCCAGUUCAAUUAUGUGUAAAUUCAUACUUUUUAAUUUUUUAUGCAAUCCGAUGAGUAGAUGAGCUCAGAUUUAAAAUUCUUAAAAAAGCACGUUUAUUGUAACAAGAAUUGUUAUGUAUUAAUACUUCAGUUUUCAAUAAAGAUUGACUUGUGUUGCUUA